CAACUCCAACCCCAACUCCAUUUUCCAUUUCCUCUUCUUCCGAGAAGACGAGAGGAAACCCUAAGUAAGAUCUGUAUAAAGUGAGUGGAAUCAAUCAUAAUCAGUGCGAUUUGCAGAGAUUGAUUGAUCGAGCGAUCGAGCGAGUUCCUUGUUUCCAUUCCCAAAUCUCGUCUGAGAUCUUCUCCGUAGAGAUAGAUGGACGGAGCUCCGGCGAUGGAUUUUCCGGCCGUUCUUACUCACGGCGGCCGUUUUCUUCAGUAUAACAUAUUCGGAAAUCUCUUCGAGAUCUCUGCUAAGUACCGCCCGCCGAUUAUGCCCAACGGAAGAGGAGCUUAUGGGAUCGUUUGCUCGGUGAUGAAUUCUGAGAAUGGGGAGAUGGUUGCGAUUAAGAAGAUAGCGAAUGCUUUUGAUAAUCAUAUGGAUUCAAAGCGGACGCUAAGGGAGAUUAAGCUUCUGAAGCAUUUGGAUCAUGAAAAUGUGAUAGGAAUUCGAGACGUCAUUCCGCCGCCGAUUCGUGAAGCAUUCAAUGAUGUUUAUAUUGCAACAGAACUCAUGGACACCGACCUUCACCAGAUUAUUCGUUCGAAUCAAGAAUUAUCAGAAGAGCACUGCCAAUAUUUUCUAUAUCAAAUUCUACGUGGAUUGAAAUACAUACAUUCGGCCAAUGUCAUCCAUCGAGAUUUAAAGCCGAGCAAUCUCUUGUUGAAUGCAAACUGUGACCUUAAAAUAUGUGAUUUCGGUCUCGCUCGUCCAACGUCAGAAAAUGAUAUGAUGACGGAGUAUGUUGUCACGAGAUGGUAUAGAGCUCCAGAAUUGCUUCUCAACUCCACCGACUACACCGCCUCCAUCGACAUUUGGUCCGUCGGAUGCAUUUUCAUGGAGCAUGAACCGCUCUUCCCCGGAAGGGAUCACAUGCACCAAAUGCGCCUAAUAACCGAGCUUAUUGGUACUCCUACCGAUGCUGAGCUCGGAUUCGUUCGGAACGAAGAUGCAAAAACAUAUAUAAGACAUCUCCCCGUCCUCCCUAGGCAAUCAUUUACAGCUCUGUAUCCCCAUAUUAGUCUUGCUGCUAUAGAUCUCGUGGAACGGAUGUUAACUUUCGAUCCCUCGAGAAGAAUCACAGUUGAUGAAGCUCUUGCACACCCAUAUUUGGAAAGACUACAUGAUGUGGAUGAUGAGCCUGUCUGCAUGGAACCUUUUUCCUUUGAUUUUGAACAACAAGCAUUGACAGAAGAACAUAUGAAACAGUUGAUAUACAUUGAAGCAUUGUCAUUCAAUCCGACGUUUGGUCAUUAGUUUGAGUUAAAUAUUCAUUAAUGGUGUUUUAUGCAUCGAUACGAAGCUUGUGUUUUCGAUAUAAUAAGAUGUAGAGAGGAUAGUUGAUUUGUUUAGGGUUGUUCUCUUCUAGUUCUAUGGCCUAUAUGAUGUGGCAUAUGCUCUUUUUUUGUUUUUAAUUUAAUUUUAUGUUCUUAAUGUGUGUUAAGUGUUCAUUGCUUUUGGUAUAUUUGCAUCUUAGAA